UACGGUGCUUCUGCUUGUGUCAAACGAAGCUUGUAAAAAAUAAAGUGCGUACUAUGAACGAAACAGAAUUAGAGAGGCCCCCUCCAAAAUAUAUGGAAGUUGUCAAUAAAUUGUCCUUGGCAGAUGCAAAGGAGGCUGGACCUUUCUUAGAUGCCUGCAAGGUUUAUCUGAGUGGAUUUACUCCUGAUGUCUGUGAAAAUCUUACCAAGAUUCUAAAUGCAGGUGGAGCAACAAGAUUCAGUGAACUUUCAGAUUCAGUAUCCCACAUUGUUGUUGGUGACCAUGUACCUGAAGAUGUAAAUUACCGCAAGAAGAGUGGAAUCAGACCACAUGUUGUAACUGUUGACUGGUUGCUUGAGAGCAUGAAGCAAAGGCAUCCUGCACCCGAAUCACAUUUCUUGGUAUUUGUGAAGCCUACUGAACUACCAUUACGAUUGAGCAGAAAGCCUUUGUCCAAGAUUAAGGGCCAGUCGGGGGAAACAUUUGGAGGAAUAAAUAUUCCAAGAAAGCGUAAGGCAGAAGAUUUGCAGCCAAAAGAUGGUGAUACCUUGGCUUCCCCACCUGCAGCAACACGUGUUCGUAUCUUCUCACCUGUAGCUGGUACCUCAAGGGACAAUGUGCAGCCAGAAAGUAGUUCACAGACUGGAGUGAAGCAACCACCCAAAAUACUGAUAUCAUCCAUGAAAGACAAGCGUGCAUAUGUCAAAAUGAUCAUGGACCUGGGUGGCAUUGUGUCAUAUAAAUCUGUCUUUGAUCCCACAACAACGCAUCUCAUUUGUUCCAGGCCAGGAUGGUAUAAAAAGACAGCAUGUUGUAACCUAUUGCUUUGUAUUGCAUCUGGAAAAUGGAUAUUACACAAGAGCUUCAUAGAUGCAAGUUGCCGAGCAGGUACUUUUGUUGAGGAAGAGGAAUAUGAGUUUGGAAACCCCAAAGCAGAAAAACUGUGGGGCAAGCUGCAACCCAGAAGUAUGCAAAUGGCACUGGCAAAGGCAGGUUACAGGUGGAGACGUAAACUGUGUGGCGGUAACAGUGGGCCUUUCACCGGCAUGAGGGCCAUCGUAUGCACAAAACAGAAGAAGGCAGUUCUUCUUGCCCAGGUUAUCAAGGCAGGAGGUGGAGAGGUGCUGGACAUCAGGCCACCGUGCAAAGAUCCACAGGGUGCGACCCAUUGCUUUGCUGAUAUUAAAGAUUUAAGUGAACCAAUAGAUAUGGAAGCCUUGAUUAAGAAUAAAGUACCAUGUUUGUAUCCUGUCUACAUCCUGGCUUACCUUGUAAAAGAACCUCCACCAGAGGCUAAAAGAUAUAUCCUUCCAGAAUACAAAUGGAUAAUGGCACAGCUGGACAGAUUAUAGUCACUGCAUUUCUUAAGAUAAGAACUUAAGCUGUAUAUAUGUGCCUGUGUUAUUUUUAUGUGCUUCUUUAAAAGUUGUAACAGGGCCUUUGCCAUGUACACUGCGUGGUUUAUUUGUUGACAUGGCAAUGCAUAAAAAAUUGCCAAGCAUUUUAAUAUAUAUUUUUUUUAAAUAUGUGGAAAAGUGUAAACCCAUACUGGGAUCACCAAUUCUUGCAUAAAAAAUAUCAACACACCCACCUCAUUGCUUGAUUGUAAGUACAAUUUCUUUUUUUUUAUGAAUUAACCUAGAAAAACAGGGUGGUGUGGAAACAACUGACACAAUUUGAUCACGAAUAUUGUGCAUGUACAGUAUUUUGUGUUGGGUGGCAGAGAGAAAAGGGCAAAGGAGAGGGUGUGAUUUCAUAUGCCAGCAGCAGUGGAAUGUGUAACAACGUCUUAGCUCAGUUUGUUGUUAUUGCAAAAAUAAAUCUGUGACAGCAAUGCAUCAUUCUUUUAGACAACAUUUUAAUGUUGGUCAACAUGGUUGAGUAUCAUUUGGGAGUACCAUAUUGGUUUAGCUGAAGAAAUUUGGAGGCAAUAUUAGUGUACUGAAUGUGAAGCACUGACAUCAGAGAGCAACACACAUGCUCGAGAACUUGCAGCAAGAACAAAGAUUUUGAUCAUAGUCUUCGACUCUUACACAGUUUCAUAUUUUAGGGUGAAUUAAAGAAGUUUACGCCAAAUAUUUGAUGAUAUGUAAUUUCAUCUUUACAAAUUGGGAAUUUAUCAUAAACUUAACCCCAGAGACAACUAAGAACAAGGUACUUUUUACACUGCCAUGGUCAAUUCACUAAGCAGAAGCCCUGUUUUCUUGAAUAAUUUGUUCAUUAUGCCAAGCCCCGUUUUCAUUUUUUAGAGGCUUUGUGAACUAACAGAAAGUGAAGUUCUGAUCUCCAGUACAUCUACAUCUACAUGACUACUCUGCAAUUCACACUUAAAUGCCUGGUAGAGGAUUCUUUGAACCACCUUCAGACUUUUUCUCUACUGUUUCGCAUGGGAAAAAUCAAUACUUAAAUCUUUCUGUACAAACUCUGAUUUCUCAUAUUUUAUUAUGAUUAUCAUUUCUACUGAUGUAGGCUGGAAACAAUAAAAUAUUUUCGCAUUUAGAGGAGAAAGUUGGUGAUUGAAAUUUUGUGCAAAGAUUCCACCACACAAAAAAUGCCUUUGUUUUAAUUAUUGCCAUCCUGACUCACUUAUCUUACCUGUGACACUCUCUCCCAUAUUUCGUGAUAGUGCAGAGCAAGCUGCCCUUCUUUGAACUUUUUAAGCCUCCUCCAUCAGUUCUAUCUGGUAAGGAUCCUAUACAGCAUAGCAGUACUCUAGCAGAGGAUGAACAACUGUAAUGUAGAUGCCCUCUUUAGGAGAAUUGUUGCUUCUUCUAAGUGUUCUGCCAGUAAAAUGUAGUCUUUAGUUUUUCUUCCUCACAACAUUAUCUCUGUGAGUGUUCCAUCUUAAGUUGUUCAGAUUGUAAUUCCUAGGUAUUUAGUUGAAUUGACAGCCUUUAAAUUAGUGUGAUUUAUUGUGUAAUUGAAAUUUAACAGAUUUCGUUUUGUACUUGUUGGUAACUUCACUGUUUUCCUUAUUAAGGAAAAAUUGCCACUUUCCAGACAAUUCAGAUAUCGUAUCUAAGUCACUUUGCAGUUGGUUUUGAUCUUCUGAUGACUGUAAUAGGUGGUAGACAACAACUUUAUCUGGAAACAAUCUAAAAGGGCUGCUCAGAUUGUCACAUGAAUUGUUUAUGUAGAUUAGGAACAGCAGAGGGUCUAUAACACUUCCUUG